AUGCUUCGAACCGUCACGGGACGCGCUGCCGCCUCGGGCCUUGUGAAGUCAGCUCUGCCUCGGGUCUCCCAAGCAGCUGCGUCCACAUGCUCGUUUGCCCCGCAACUGCGACUUCAGAACAAGACUCGGGUUGCUGGUCUUCAACUCUCCAGAGCUAUUCACAGCACUUCGGCCAGAAUGUCUCAGACACGAACAGAGAGCGAUGCCUUUGGCGAGAUCCAGGUCCCCGCCGACCGAUACUGGGGAGCCCAGACGGAGCGGUCUCUCGAGAACUUUCGCAUCAACCAGCCCCAGGAUCGCAUGCCUCCACCCAUCGUCAAGGCAUUUGGUAUCCUGAAGGGUGCUGCCGCCACUGUCAACAUGCGAUAUGGCCUUGACCCCAAGAUUGGUGCUGCUAUUCAACAGGCCGCCAAGGAGGUUGCUGAUGGCAAACUCCUCGACCACUUCCCUCUUGUCGUUUGGCAGACGGGCUCCGGCACUCAGUCCAACAUGAACGCAAACGAGGUCAUUUCCAACCGAGCCAUCGAGAUCCUCGGCGGAACUAUGGGUAGCAAGAAGCCUGUCCACCCCAACGAUCACGUUAACCGUAGUGCCUCUUCCAACGACACCUUCCCUACUGUUAUGCACAUCGCUGCCGUCCUUGAUAUUGAGGGCGAGCUUUUGCCUGCCCUCCAUAGCCUCCGUGCUGCCCUGCAGAAGAAGGUCGAUGAGUUUGAGGCUAAGAAGAUUAUCAAGAUCGGACGUACUCAUCUCCAGGACGCUACACCUCUGACUCUCGCCCAAGAGUUCUCUGGCUACGUUGCUCAACUCGACUUUGGCAUCAAGCGUGUAGAGAGCUCUCUCCCUGAUUUGCGUCUGCUCGCCCAGGGCGGCACUGCCGUUGGCACCGGCAUCAAUACUUUCCAGGGUUUCGCUGAGGCUAUUGCUGAGGAGGUCACCAACAUGACUGGCACCGAGUUCAAGACUGCCCCUAACAAGUUUGAGGCCCUGGCUGCCCAUGACGCUAUUGUCCAAGCCCACGGCUCUCUUAACACCCUUGCUGCCUCUCUUACCAAGAUCGCUCAGGAUAUUCGAUACCUCGGCAGUGGCCCUCGCUGUGGCCUUGGUGAGCUUAACCUCCCCGAAAACGAGCCUGGCAGCAGCAUCAUGCCUGGAAAGGUUAACCCCACGCAAUGUGAAGCUUUAACCAUGGUCUGUGCCCAGGUUAUGGGCAAUCACGUUGCGACCACUAUUGGUGGUAUGAAUGGCCAGUUCGAGCUUAAUGUUUACAAACCUCUGGUCAUCCGCAACCUCCUGCACAGCUCGCGCCUUCUAACAGAUGGCAUGCGCUCUUUCGAGAAGAACCUCGUUGCUGGUCUCGCAGCCAAUGAGGAGAAGAUUGCCAGCAUCAUGAAGGAGUCACUCAUGCUUGUCACUUGCCUCAACCCCAAGAUCGGUUACGAUAUGGCCAGCAAGGUCGCCAAGAAUGCUCACAAGAAGGGUCUGACCCUCAAGCAGAGUGCUCUCGAGCUCCAGGCUCUGACUGAGGAGGAGUUUGAUACUCUUGUUAAGCCCGAGCUUAUGGUUGGCCCCAGCCCCUACAAGGGAUGA